AUGUUUAAUAAAAGGAAAAUCUAAAAAAAGGAGGAUGUAUUGAAUGGCAUUUAAAUCAAUGAGCAAGAAACAAAAGAACCUGAAGUUUAAAAGAAAAUCAAAAAUGAACAAACUGAGAAAUAAAUUAUAUUGCCUGUCUUAGAAGAAACCAAAUUUAAGGCUGGCUUCGUACUAUAACAUUAGAAUAACUUCGCAGUUGAAAAAAUUGCACCUGAAGCAAAACCCUAUCAAAAUGAAAUUGCUGAAACCCUUCAAAGAUUAAAAUCUAUUCAUUCAAUCGAUGAUGUCAAAAAAGGACAAGUCUUGCCUCCCAAGAAAAAUACUUCGUUGAAUGCUCCCAUUGCCAUGCCAUCAAAUGUUAAAUUUUCUUGCACUUUUGAUUUCAAUCCAAUGUUAUGUAAAGAUUAUCAUGACACAGGAUAUUGCACUUUUGGUGAUUCUUGCAUUUACAUUCAUGAUAGAGGAGACUAUAAAUCAGGUUGGGAACAAGAAAAGGAGUAUCAAGAUUAAUAAAAAACAAGAAGAAUGGGUAAGUAAGAAAAAGAAGAUCUUGAAUUUAAAUAGAAACUCGAUGAAUUUUAUGUUCCUGAAACGUGUAGCGUUUGCUAAUCAUAGUUAAAUAAACCUGUUCAAACUAAAUGUCAACAUUUCUUUUGUGAAAAAUGCAUAAUUACUGCAAAAAAGUGUCCUGAAUGUGGUAAAGCUACUGAUGGACUUUUUCAUUCAGCUAUCAAAAUUAUCUAAGAAUUACAAAAUAAGAGAGAUAAGUUCAUAGCAGAAUAUAGACCAUCAGAAAAUAAAACAUCGUAAAGAUUAAGUGAAUGUGAUUGGAUGAUGUGA